AUGUUGAGAAGUGCCCGGGGUCCCCUUUACACUUCUCCCUCACUUAUGUGUGUUCCACACCUAGAGGCUCAAAGAGAUAGUAUAGUCGAAGAAAUGCAUCGAUAUAAUGGUGGGGAUGUCUCUUCUGAGGUUGGCAAUCUGCUUUCUGCAUGCUCUGUUGAGCAGCAAGCCCAAAUAAAAAGCAUGGACUAA